AUGGCUAUGGCUGCGCACUCCCCGCCCGCCGAGCGCGACGACGACAUCUUCACCAGGAGCAACUGCCAUCCCGAGACGAGGGGCGAGUGCCUCGACUUUGCCCGCCUGGCCUUUCCCGAGGAGCACGUCGCCGAGGCCGACACGCAGGGCCACUGCUCCUACACGGUCGCCGUCUCCACCACCCAUCUCCUGCAGUUCCGCCCGGAGAGGUUCAAGCUCGACAUGGGCAUCUACGACGACGCGCGCCGCAUGUUCGGGCACGUGGUCGCGGAAACCACGUAUCUCGGGCCUCUGGGCGGCAUACCGCUCCGGGGCGAGGGGUACGACCGCCCCCUGCUGCACAUGUACCUCGUCGAGAGGCUGCCGGGGGUGCCGCUCGUCAGCCUGCUGGGCGAGCAGGAUGGUGGUGGUGGUGGUGGAGCUGAUGCUGCUUCUUCUUCUGCUUCUGCUGCUUCUGCUUCUGCUGCUGCUUCCGCCACGGAAUUCCGCGCCGCGCUCGUCCAGGACCUGGCCCGCAUCUUUGCGAUCGCGUACCACCACCGCCGGCCCCGGCGGGACCUGGCCGGCGCCCGGGGCCGCAUCGGCUCGUCCCUGCAACGCCGCGCGGAUCUCGUCGCCAAAAUCAAGGACCGCGAGGUCUGCCGCGAGGCCCAGUCCGUCCGGCACUACCUCGACCACAUCGAGCACCUGCCCUGGUGCCUGACGCACGGGGACCUCAUCCCCAGCAACAUGCUGGUGGACCCGGCCACGGGCCGGAUAACCGGUCUGCUGGACUGGGCCGAGGGGGAGUGGCUGCCCCUCGGGGUGGGCAUGUACGCCGUGGACGAGAUCCUGGGCGCCGACGACGCGGCGCGCGGGUUCGUCUUCUCCCCGCACCAUCAGCAGCUGAGGAUGCUGUUCUGGAAGACGUUUCUGGGUCUCUGCGAGGCGUCGGCCCCGGCGUCGGCCCCGGCCCCGGCCCCGGCCCCGGCCCCGCUGGACGUCGGCUCCAGGUGCGUGCUGAGGGAGGUCGAGAUGGCCAGGAGGAUGGGCCUGCUGCUCUGGAGGGGCAUAGCCUUUGACGACGGGAGGCUGGACCGGCCGGUGGAACGAGGGCGCGACGACGCGGAGCUCAAGAAGCUCAAGGUGCUGCUGGGCGCGCCCGGCGCCACGGACUGCCUGGUGUGGGUGGAGGGCUUCGAGUGCGAGGAGGAGCAGGACAAUGCGUGGUACUGGGGCAGGUGGAUGGGCGGUUGCUUUGGCGUUCUGGUCGAUUUCUCCGAGGCCAAAGUCCUGGCGGAGUCGGAGCACCCCAGCCUGCGCUGGGCAGGCGGUACCUUGUACCUGGGGGUUGAGGGCUGGUAA